AUGCUCCGUGCUUGUGCAUUAGAGUUCAAAGGAAGUUGGGAUAAACAUCUUCCAUUGAUCGAGUUCUCGUACAACAACAGCUAUCACACUAGCAUACAGUGUGCACCGUUAGAGGCACUAUAUGGGCAAAAACUUAAAGCUGUUCAAGACAGACAAAAGUCCUAUGCUGACAAACGCCGUAAACCUUUAGAGUUCCAAGUAGGCGAUAAAAGUCCUAUUAAAGGUUUCCCCAUGGAAAGGUACUGCCCGUUUUGGCAAGAAAGGCAAAUUGGCGCCUCGAAGUGCUUGGCUGAUGACCCUACCGUCAUUCCUGUUAAGGAUGUUCAUAUCGACGAAGGGCUUGAGUUCACUGAAGAGCCCAUCGAGAUCAUUGACAUAGAUGCUAAACAAACUAGACAGAGCAGAGUACCACUAGUUCGUUUCUUAUUCACUGCUAUCAGUUUAUAUCCCCCAGUUCAGGGAUUGAACCGUAGGUCUUACUGGACUUACUUGAUUAUUAUGAGCAUAUAUUCGCAUUAUAGUUCAGUUUUGGCCAAUCAGGCUAAGAUAGUAGAACUCUUAGCAUAG